AUGUCCGGCGGCUUCUACAAAUAUCGCUGUAAAUACUUUUACUCCCACAACUGUACCAACUGGGUGUGGGUGAAUAAUGCACCCUGUGCCUCCUGCCUCGCGGAAGGCCGUGAUCAAACUAGCUAUGGCCUCUCGCCACCCAGGCACAAUAGAAAAGGAUUCUUAUCAGACUCUCGGGCCAGAAAUGGAGAGAUUUUCUUCGGCGUAGCACCCAAUAUCUUAAUAGGAUCUACUUUGACGAGGAAGGAUCCAGAUGCUUGA